AGUCCGCUGAGGUCGAAGUUCAAGUCUGAGUCUGUGAGUAGCUCGUUCAAACACCUCCCCUCUGCGCAGUCAAUCGCAUCACCCACGACAAACUACUCGGCUCGUGCCUCUUCCUCGGAAAGCGGCUCCUCCAUGGACAUUGUGGGCAGCGCAAAAGCCAAUGGGCUUGAAAAAUCGUUUCAUGGGCUCAGUUUGACCACACAGUCCGCCACCGCAUCCAGCAUCUGGUCCACAAACACGAGUCCUGCCGGCUCGAACGUUUGGAAUAGAUCCGUGUCUCAGCGACAGUCGCCCAAGACGAUCCCGCACGAGGCUCGCACACUAUCCGAGGGCGCGAAAAAAGACCAUCGAAGCGACGACUACGCCACCUCUCCGCUGCAAUAUGGACACUGCAUCCCGGAAGAUUCUAAUAAUAACCUGUGGAACGACCUCAGCAAUGAAAUAUCCACCGCCGUCAACUCGCCAGAAUUGCUUGGCAUCAAUCCACCCGAUACACGCCACUUAUCGCUUAAUGGCUCUUCACAACAAUGGGAUCCUCUCUCGCAGUCCACAGGGUCAUUGGUCUCUCAAGGUUUCUGGAGCAGUACAGGCUCACUCGACGACACGCCCUUGUCACACCGCAUGUCACGGUUUUUCCCCAAUCCUUCAAUGGAGUCCCGCAAAGACUCGAAUGGAGCCGUUUCUGGGGAACGGAGAUCGCAUUCCACUGGGUUUCCUGCCUCGCCACUUACACUUAGCCUGUUUGCUCCCGAGAACGCAAAACCGUCGGGCGGGGCCCUGUACGGCCCAGCCUCGAGCAUGGCCACCCCGCUGGGCGGCACAACACCCCUGAUUGCUAACAGUAACCCUCGCUACGUCGACCCGCUAUUCGACGGGUUUUCGCUGGGGACCCUCCAGACCUCAUCAAACGAUAUGAAAAAGCUAAAAAAACUCAGAAAAGACGAACCGGCAACCGAGUUGGCGGUCCGGAGACUAGACGAGGACUCUCUGAUCUCGCCGAUCUCCGAUGAAGUGUCGCUGCCUCCACGGUUUCCAAAACAAACAUUCAACAGACAAGACUCACAUUCGAAAAUCAUCAAAUAUAUCAAGACAAUCAUCACCAGGCAACCAACACAGUACAUGGUCUAUGUUGCCUCGCUUCCCUUCGACACGCCACAUUCGCAAUGUCUUGCACUAAUUCACCAGGCCUUCAAGGACUAUGGCGAAAUUACGCAUCUGGUCAAAGACACAAAUGCCAAGUCGUCCAAGAACCAGCCCGAAAACGACCUAUUUAUCAGAUUUAAAAUUGUGGCCAAGCUCUUCAACGAGCAAAAGCUGCCGUACAAAUCGCACAGAUUCUCAAACGAGUCCACGGGCAGGGACUCCAAGAUGCUGCUAUUUUUUGACUGUCCAAGCUCGUCACCACAGGGAGACCUUGGCUCGUGUAGCAGCACCGCGAAGAGACAGGAGAUUUCAACAUAUCCAGAAGGAUUCUCGUCGACGUUCCACCGUCGGGGAGUCAACAACUUUAUGUUUGUGCGUGAGCUACAAAGCAAAAUGAUUACCAGCAAGGGCCGCGGGCCUCGCAGCUUCCAGGAGACUGCUGAGUUCCGUGUUUCUCUUCCUAUCGAGGAGCUCGACCUUAAGAUGGGCGAGCCGGACGCAGACCGAUACGACGACGACUACAAGAGACCCAAGCGGUCAUAUGUGGUUAACAUUGAUCUGCGCGAGCUUGAAAACAAGCCCGCUCCGAAGGAGGGCAGGAAAUAUUCGCGGUCAGGUCGGUCGCGAGAAAAAAGUGCCACUUAAAUUAUAUAAUAGUGUG